UUGGCAUUGGCAGUCUGGCAAUAUUCGGCACAGACGUCAAAAACGCGCUAAUUUAAAAGUCGGUGGCUUGCAAAUAGUUAUACAAAUUAUGGAGGACUUUGAGAAAAUUGAAAAGAUUGGUGAAGGUACAUAUGGAGUGGUGUACAAAGGACGCAACCGCCUGACGGGUCAGAUAGUGGCAAUGAAGAAAAUUCGCUUGGAAUCGGAUGACGAAGGCGUUCCAUCAACCGCAAUCAGAGAAAUUUCGUUGCUUAAGGAACUAAAACAUGAAAACAUUGUCUGCUUGGAGGAUGUUUUAAUGGAAGAAAAUCGCAUAUACUUGAUCUUUGAGUUCCUUUCUAUGGACCUAAAAAAAUAUAUGGAUUCCCUGCCAGCUGAUAAGCAUAUGGAAAGUGAAUUGGUUCGAAGCUAUUUGUACCAAAUAACCAGUGCCAUUUUAUUCUGUCAUCGUCGCCGAGUCCUUCACCGUGAUUUGAAGCCCCAGAAUUUGCUGAUUGACAAGAACGGCCUCAUAAAAGUCGCAGACUUUGGCCUUGGGCGAUCUUUUGGAAUUCCAGUGCGCGUUUAUACUCACGAGAUCGUAACUUUGUGGUACAGAGCUCCGGAGGUUUUAUUGGGCUCACCCCGCUAUUCCUGUCCAGUCGAUAUUUGGUCAAUUGGGUGCAUAUUCGCGGAAAUGGCAACGAGAAAACCUCUAUUUCAGGGUGAUUCGGAAAUUGACCAGUUAUUCAGAAUGUUUAGAAUUCUCAAAACACCAACCGAAGACAUUUGGCCAGGCGUUACUUCGCUUCCCGACUAUAAAAAUACGUUCCCCUGCUGGUCCACAAACCAAUUGACCAACCAGUUAAAGAAUCUCGAUGCGAACGGCAUUAAUCUUAUUCAAAGUAUGUUAAUUUACGAUCCUGUUCACCGCAUUUCCGCCAAGGAUAUUUUGGAGCAUCCAUAUUUCCAUGGCUUUCAAUCGGGUUUAGUACGAAAUUAACAUCAGCAUUCUGGUUUGACUUUAAUUAUCUUUAUAAACAAGAAACCUUGAAAUCUAAACUAAAGCUAAAUAGCCGUAAAAUAAAAAUAAGAG